AUGGAUUACAAGUUCAGCAGCCAUCUGCCGGUGUUGAGCAAACGAGGAGGGUCGUCGCAUACUGAUAAUUCUCAACUGCCGCCAAGUUCCCGAAGCUCGUUGAGAUCCAAUGCCACCCGAUGGGAUAGCUUUUCCGGGGAUUCGACAAUGAGCGAUUUCGCUAGAACCGGGCAGAUGGCGCCGGGUGGUGUUUCUUUCCAAACACACAUCUCCGCCAAUCCUCAGCCGUCCGGGUCUCAAUCCUCGAGCCUCUUCGGCAAGGGCAAGGAACAGCUUCUGCCGAAAAAAGUCCGUGGUAGACUUUCCACAGGGGAGAACACGCUACCGCCCGCUAUGCGUGAACCUUGGAAGGGCCCUAGUGGACGAUCACCGAUAGUCGCGCCCAUUCAGGAACAGCCGCGAGCCCGGUCGUCCUCCCGCGUGCGCAUCUCGCCAAGCAACGAUCGCUUGAGAGACGAUGCAAAACCAUCGCUCGAUUAUUCUUCGUUGGGUAUUGUUCCCUCGGUCGUGACCACAAUCACGGGGGGUGAGACGCCAGAUAAGCGCGUGCCCAGUACGAGCGCCAGCGCCCAUAGUUCUCGAACACGGCUGCCUAGCAGCCGAGAGAACCUUGUUUACAGCAGUGCCUCCAGCCAUGCUCCGCCACGUGUGGAUCUUCCAGCACCCGAACUUGAUGCCUCACUGGCCGACCUGAAACUCAUCACCGAUGACGACGUUUUGCAGCCUAGCAGCCGCUUCAGCGUGACUACUUAUGAGCCCACCGAAGCAUCCAGUACGACGACCAGUCGCCGCACCAGCGUUGAUACAGCGUCGCAGUCUACAGAAAACUUCUCUUCGAUCAUGUCCCGCAAACGACCGGUCCCCAGCGCGGUGGCGCCCUCCAAGAAACCAUCCCGUAAACCCACCCCCUCGCAGGCUUCCAACGAAGACGCAGUUUCCACUGCACCCACCGAGCUCUCGCCAGAGGAACAGGCCCAGAGUCGCAUUGAUUCCCUUGAAGCUAGAAAGGAUAGCCUUGCCCGGCGCCGAAUCAAUAUCAACACGAUGAUCCACGAACUGACCCAGGUCAUUCAACCAAGUUCCAUCGCAUACGACAUUGCUGCCAGAGAUGAAGUCAAGAAAACUGUUACCAGUCUAAAUAACGAACUAGCCGAGAUCCAACGGGAAGAGCAUGAGCUCGGCCUUAAACUCUACAGAGCCUGGAAGAAGCGAGAUGAACGAAACAAUUAUGGCGGUGGCAGUGGAUUAUGGGUUAAGCGAAUAACCAGUUAA